AUGGCGGGCAGUGGACGGCGGAGGGAGGCGGCAGCGGGAGGAGGGUUGCCGGCGGCAGGAGACAAUGGCUGGUGGUUGGCGGGCGGCGGCCCCCGGUGGCUGGCGGUGGGAGGUAGCUGGAGGAGGGUGGCCAGAGGCGGGAGCGGUGGCCGAUUGGACGGCGGUCGGUGGCCCACGGUAGCCGGCAGUGGGAGGUGGACGGCGGCGGGAGGAGGGAGGCCAGUGGCGGGAGAAGGUGGCCGGCAUUGGGAGGUGGGUGGCGAGGGGAGGAGGACGGCCGGCGGCGGUAGACGGUGGCCGGUGGACGGCGGGUGGCGGCCCACGGUGGCCGGCAGGUGGCGGCCCACGGUGGCCGGUGGUGGGAUGCGGACGAUGGGAGACUAUGGCCGACGGUGGGAGGCAAGCGGCGGGGGGAUUCGGGCAGCGGUGGGAGACGGUGGGCGGUGGAUAGCGGGCGGCGGCGGGAGGUGGGCGACUGCUAUCGGCGGGUGGCGGCGGGCGGCGAUCGCCGCCAAGUGGGUGGCGGAUGGACGAUCGACUAGUAGCAAGGGUGAGCGAUGA